CGGCGGCGCGGAGCCGCCCGCGUCCCCAAGAUGGUGCGGAAGCUGAAGUACCACGAGCAGAAGCUGCUGCGGCGGCUGGAGCUGGUGAGCUGGGAGGCGGCGGGGGGGAGCCUGGCCGAGGUGAAGGCGCUGCGGCGUUACCGGCUGGGUCGGCGGGAGGACUACGUGCAGUACAAAGCGCUGGCCCGCACCGUCCGCGCCUUGGCCCGCCGGCUCCGCGACCUGGGGCCGGCCAGCGCCGCCUUCCGCGCCCGCUGCGCCGCCGCGCUGCUGGAGAAGCUCUACGGCCUGGGGCUGGUGAGCUGCCGGCGGUCGCUGGCCGUCUGCGAGAACCUCUCGGCCGCCGCCUUCUGCCGCCGGCGCCUGCCCUGCCUGCUGGUGAAGCUGCGGAUGGCGCAGAACCUGCGGCACGCCGUCACCUUCGUGGAGCAGGGCCACGUCCGCGUGGGGCCCGAGGUGGUCACCGACCCCGCGCUCCUCGUCCCCCGCGCCGUGGAGGACUUCGUCACCUGGGUGGACGCCUCCCGCCUCCGGCGGAAGGUGCUCGACUACAACCAGGAGCGCGACGACUUCGACCUGGCCGCCUAGGCCCCUGCCCGGCCUCGCUCUUCUGCUCGGCCCCUCGGGACACGCGUGGG